AUGUGUACCUACGCCCGCACCGUCUUCGAAUGCGCACACCAGACUUGGGGACGCCGGCUCAAGCUCUGCACCAUCGGCGAGGACUUUCGCGACGGACGUCUCCCUAGCGACUGCUGCCUCCGCCGCCCACAUGGCUUGCAGUCACGCCGCGUCCCGAGUCGCUGCGACAGGUGCCGCUCGCUGGACGGCAAGUUGGCGCUCCUCCGCGCGAAGCUCGACGAGUGCCGCGCCCAGUUCCUCAAGCGGUGGCCGGCCUACACGACGUGCACUGGCGCGGACACAACGCGGCCGGAGAGCAAUGAAGGGGUGCUCGGGAGCGUGGAAACGAUCGUAGACUCGGUCGAGAGCUCCGAGGAUGAGGAAAAGGACGAUGGUGACUCGGACAGGACUGGCUCGGACGCGAUGGGCCGUUACGUACACAGCCCCGUUUCAGCUCGGCGCUCGCCACAAUUCACGAAGCAUGAUAACUGCAUCAUCUGCGGCUCGCGCCUGGAGCUUGACGAGCUGGACUGUCAAGUGUGCGUCGAGCGGCACCACCACGCUGCGGCCUGGUUGCUGAACAGGGGCCUCAUGGCCGUGCCCUUUUUCGGGGCGACCUGCCACUUUUGA